UACCAGUUUGAAGAUGGCGGACUGGGAGUACAUCGAGGCCGUGAGCAACAUCACCAACUUGUCGGGAUUCAACGGCGGCUGCGAAAAUGAGCCCAUUUUUUACGAAAGCCCAUUUGGGAUCGUUUUCGCCGUUCCUGUAUGGGAGGCGAUAGCAACUGCUGUCAUUUUAUCGCUGAUCAUCAUACUGACGGUGGUCGGCAACGUCCUCGUCAUACUCAGCGUGUUCACUUACAAGCCGUUGAGGAUCGUUCAAAACUUUUUCAUCGUCUCGCUUGCAGUGGCGGACCUGACUGUCGCCCUGCUCGUGUUGCCCUUCAACGUGGCCUACACUCUGUUGGGUCGGUGGAUCUUCGGGAUACACGUCUGCAAGAUGUGGUUGACCUGCGACGUCAUGUGCUGCACGGCGUCCAUCCUCAACUUGUGCGCCAUCGCCGUCGACCGAUACAGGGCGAUUACCGACCCUAUAAAUUACGCUCAAAUGCGAACCCUAAAAAGAGUGCUCGUGAUGAUAGCUAUAGUAUGGGUGUUAUCGCUGGCCAUAAGUUCGCCCCCUUUGAUAGGAUGGAACGACUGGCCAGACGUCUUCCACAGUUCAACCCCUUGCCAGCUCACCUCGCAGCAAGGAUACGUGAUUUACUCUUCUCUCGGUUCAUUCUACAUCCCGCUGUUUAUAAUGACCAUCGUCUACAUCAAAAUAUUCCUAGCGACGAGAAAACGCUUGCGAGACAGAGCCAGGGCGUCGAAGCUCAACGCCGUCAAGCAGAACGUCCAACAGAACUCGCUCAAAGAAAAGCAUUCGCCCAUCGACGGUGAAUCCGUCAGCUCCGAGACUAACGAAAACGAUCAAACCGAGAAAAAGAAAAAACCGAAGAGGAAGAAAAAAAAGUCGGACUCGAUAAAAAGCAAUGCGAGGAUUGGAGGGAAGGGAGCAACAAGGAGAACCAGGUCCCGUCGGGCGGCAAAGAGAUCGACACAGGUCAACCAGUUCAUCGAAGAGAAGCAGAGAAUCUCGCUGAGCAAAGAGAGACGGGCGGCUCGCACUUUGGGUAUCAUCAUGGGCGUUUUCGUUAUGUGCUGGCUACCGUUCUUCCUCAUGUAUGUCAUCUUGCCUUUCUGCUCCACGUGCUGUCCGUCAGAAAAGCUGACCAAUUUCAUCACGUGGCUCGGCUACAUCAACUCCGCUCUCAACCCCAUCAUUUACACUAUAUUCAAUCUGGACUUUAGACGCGCCUUUAAAAAACUCCUACACAUCAAAUUUGCCUCGUGAUCUCGUAUCGAAUGAAAAAAGAAGCAGAUUAUGUGAUUGAUAAUAAUUUGGAUCUCAUCCGUACAAUUUGAACAAACGGGUCUAUCACUUAGCAAAAUGGUGUAAAAGGGUCAGCUUAUCACUGUACAUAAUUCAUUUCAACAUAGAUAUCGUACUAUGUUUAGAAGAACAUAAUAAGCAAGAAUAGUAUAACUGUUCAGAGUCAUAGUUUUGAAUAUUUCGAACAACUAAAUAGUAGUUACAAUGAGAUUUUUAGUGAAUGUACUGAGCGUCUAAUCACCUACCUACUCGGUAACACAUUUUCUUUUAUAACUUUACAUACAAGAAAUUAUGUUUUUCAUCAUAUAUUAAUUUCAUUUAACCAAAUAGUCUUUAGUGACUCAAUUAAUCGAUGAAUGCAUAGGCCAUGAGACGCGUUUAUGCUCCAUAUUUUCUAUGAAGAGAAGUAGACGAUAUCCUAACUUUUAUUUUAUAUAUUAAAUAUAUUUUUAUUUUAUAGUAAAAAGUACGAUCCAGAGCAAUCAGUUUACCCUACCUUAUACAACCAGUGAUUUUUAUCAGAUGGAUAUUAAAAUCAGGUCGGGCCAUUUUACUCGCUGAAUAACGUCAAUGAACUGAACUCUACUGAUCUUUUUUGCAACAAGAAACUUCGAUUCCAUAUGUCCUCGUCUUUUUGGGUAGCUUCCUUCUUUUUACUCGUAUCACAAUCAUGAAUAUUAGUGAAGGUGACGUACUGGGAAAACUGUUCUCACGAAUGAAGUAGUGAGAAUGGACCUAAGGACAGUUAGAAAGCUACUUCAAGAACAUUCGCUCGUUGGGUUAUUGAAGACCCUGUGAUUUGUCACCGAUAAUGAAACUUUCUCUCGAACCCUAAUCGCGAAGCGUCCAAAGCGAAACGAAACUGGACACUCGGAUUCGAAUGGAAAUAGCUCAACGUUACAUGAAAUUAGAGAUUAAAACGAUUAUAUGUCGAUUGUUGGGUCGCCUGUUGCUGUGCAAAUGGGGUGUUGAAAUGAACAGACAACAUUGUAGCACGUCGUCGACCAUCAACUUACAAUGUACUUCCCGAUGUAAUCGUACUGAACACCGCGAAAUCGAUUUCACCAAUUUGAACAAUGAGUGUAGAUAAUUGUUUUUUUAUUUUGAUUUUUUACCUUCGCAAUAUGUGAUAAUUGUUUGUAAUUUAGUUAUGUAGAUCUGUUCUACGGUUUAGGUAUUAAAUUGAAAUCUGUAAAAAUUUAACAUUUAGAUGAUUAUGUAAAAAUAAUAGUGUCGUAAGGAUAUAAAGUUUGUUAUGCUCGAUAAGAUAAUUUAAACAAUGUUGUAUUUAUUAUAUGCAUACAUGUUUUACUGUCGUGUUCGAGGAUCCGACAACGCGAUUUCUGUUUCGAUAAUUUUUGAGCCCGAUUAUCGAUAACAGUUUCGCUUUUGGAAGGAGACUCGUCCGCGGCCACACCCCUCCCCCGAAAAAUAAAUAAUUAACAAUGAUUCAAUAAAAUGUAAAUAAUAUUUAGUCGUAACGUUAAAGUUGUUGAGUCAAAUAUAAAUUCUAUGUGAAAUUAUAAUGUAAAAUCUGUCCGAAUAUUUUUUUGUCAUUUAUC